AUGGAAAAUGAUACAAAAAUACCUGGAAUCCACCCUUUAAAUUCACUAAAGCCUAUAAACUCGGUUCUGGCCUUAAAGCUUCGAAAUAUCAAUAUUAUUCUUGCAGGAUUUGGAAAUGAGCUGAGAAUAUAUUCUCAAGAUUUUGCAAUUAUUCACGAUCAAUUUCUUUACCACGACUCCCAUAAUAUAUAUGGGAUACAAUACGGCAAGUCGGAUGAUCUGGUUGCUAUAUAUGGUCUUAACAGGGUAGUAUGGUGUCGUAUAUACAUUCGAGAAUCGGACCAAGACAUCUCCAAACUUUUAGGUGGGAAAAUACAUUGUAUCAAAGUUGGAGAGUUAAAUGAGUAUGAUCUUUUUCUUGAAUCUAGUAAUUAUAUUAAAGGUAGGUGGUUAGUUGGCAGUUCUACUGGCAAAAUUAGGAUUUGUCAAUUAGAACAACAAAAUCAAGAAGUUACCACUCCUCGAAUUCGAAGUCUAGUUGCCCCUCAAUCUCCAACUUUAUAUUGCAUGAAGAUCUUUACUCCAACUUGUUCUGAAGAAGCCAUGAUCGUAUCAGGAUCUGCUUUCUCCACUGUCAAUGUUUCAACCUUAAACCUUGAUAAGGCAACUAUAUCCCAGGAACAAAUCCUUAAGGCUCAUAAUGGAGUUGUAUACGAUGUCAGAGUUUUGAGUGAUGGAGUUGGGAUUCUUUCUUCCUCUGAUGACAGAAAGAUUGUUAUUUGGAUGAGGGAAGAAAACGGUAUUCAAAUGUCUAGUAACACCCAGAAACUCAAAUUUUGCCCUAAAUACAUAUUAAUUGGUCAUGAGGCCAUUAUAUGGUCUAUAGAUAGUUUAUGGGAAAAAAAACUAAUAGCAUCUAUUUCAGAAGAUGGGGAUUUAUUUGUUUGGAAUUUAAAUAAAGUAAGUAAAAAAUCAUAUUCUAUCAUAAAUGGAAAUGAUAUAGAGUGCAUUAAUGGUCCAGAUUCAAAGAUGUCCAAGGCCCACCAAGGAAGAGGAGGAAGAAUUAUUCAUUCUUUGGGCUAUUUGACUGAAAAUGAGAAAAGCUCUUGGAACUUUAUUACUGGAGGUGAAGGAGGUGAUUUAAAGAUUUGGAAAUAUUACAUAGAUUAUCAAGUUAAUGCUGAAAAUAAAAAAGCUGAUUUGAAUUCCAAAAACUCUCAUUUUCUAUUUUCUGAGUCAAUAAUUUCCCCAGAUAUACAUAAUCAACUUGAAAUUAAUGAUUCAAAUUCUUCUUGGUAUCAAGGAGUUCAUUUUAUAGAUCAAUACCAUUUUAUAGGAGUCACCAGACAAGGUAAGUUAAGCUUUGGGACAAAAUGUUUUCAAGAUCUGUCAAAGGAUUGGGAAAGUAUUAUUAUUCAAGAUAUAGGAGAUAUGGUAUACUCAAUCUCUUGUUUGGAUACUGGACAUUUGGUAUUGGGAUCGUCUAGAGGGAAGAUUAUACAUGGAUUGGUAAGUCCAAUUACAAAGAAUAUGGAGAUGAGAGAGGAGCUUUAUUUUCUGAAUUGGACAGAAAACAUUACAUUUGUUCAAUACUUUACAUUGAUAGAAGACCAACUUUACUUAGCACUCUCUUCUUGUUCUAGGGGAUUUGUUGGAGCUUCAGUUUCCCAAAAGAUGAUUAAUUAUUCUGGAGAAAAAUCUAAAAACACAUGGGUUACAUCAAUAGUACCAAUAAAAGGUACUCCUAAAUAUGGGGAACUGAAAUGUUUAGAUAUUUUAAAAUAUGAAGAUGGCUUAGAAGGUAAAAUAGUAUGUGGGACAGUGAAUGGAAAUAUAUUCAUAUUAGACUUUAAAGUUUUGAAAAGAGAGAAUGGGUCGGGUGGUUUAGAGAUUGACUCAGCUACUGAAAGAGUUUUCACAGUAGAGAUUUUGUUAUCCAAUGUAUUAAGUGCUUCACAUAAAGGGAAUGUCUCAAGUGUUAGCUGGAUUAGUGAUAUGAAUACUGAUAUGGUAUUUUUGUCAACGGGACAGGAUGGAAAGAUUAAUCAAUAUUCUAUGGGUGAAGAAGCCAUAUUGGAGUGGUCACAUAAAUGGAAUUCACAAUGUGAAUAUAUAGUUAAAUGCUUUAAGUUAAGGAACAGCAAUAAUUGGAUGAUAAUUGGAGCAGUAAAACACGAGUUAUUCUUUUAUUUAGCAAAAGAUCAUGUUACAUCCACUCCCAUAUUGCUAUUAACACACAGUUUUGGAGGUAUUAAACGUUCAUUUCAAAUUAAUAUAAGAAACUACGAUAGUAAGGAUUUUUUGGAGAUAAUUUGGUGUCAAAAACCAUCAAUUAGAAUUGAUCAGCUGAAUAUUACCCAGAUUUUAGAGACUGAAAGUUUUAAAAAUAAUUCUCUAGCUCCAUUAUCAAUGACAAAUUCUUUAAACGUUAAUCCUCCUUCCAGAUUAACCCAUUCUUCAGCUUGGAUAAGCGAUAGAAUAGUGGUACUUGGAGGGGAGGAUCACAUUGUAAGAUUCUAUGAUGUAUCAGAUUGCUCUAAAAUGUGUUUAGUACAUUCAAUUCGGCUUUUGGACCCCAUUAGGAGGCUUAAGGUGGGAAAUAUAAGAGAAAACGUACAUAUUUUAAUAAUAACUGGAGGGAGACAGAUGUUACAUGUUUUUGAAAUCAGGGAGGAAAAGAGUCAGAGUGAUAUUAUAAUUAAAACAAUUUUUUCAAAUAAUAAUGACAAGAAACAUAAUAAUUGCAGAUUUAUUUCAUUGGAUUAUAUACUUUACCCAAUUACAAUUGGUGAAAGUUAUAAAUUGUUUGUAAUAGUAGGCUCAAGCAAGGGGGAGAUUUUAGUAUUUUCCUUCGAAUUGUUAGAUUUGGGAGAAAAAAUAAAUUUGAAUUUGAAAAGGGUUUUUACUUUUGGUUUAUCUUUUGUACCUUUUUCAAUAACAGCAAAGAAUCUCUCAGGAGAAAUUCUAGUACUAGUAGGACUUUCUAAUGGGAGUAUUAACAUACUUAAGAGCUCAAAUUUAGAAUUGCCUCGAGACAAUUAUAUUCUAGAUUUAGUACCCAAGUUUGAGAUGAAACCUCAUAGUUCUGGAGUAAAUUCCGUAAUAAUAUUGGAGGGACAAAAUAUGGAUUAUCAAAUAAUUGCAUCAUCUGGACAUGACCAGAAGAUUUCAAUUUCAAGAAUAAUGAUAGACGAAGAAAAAGAUAGUUUUUUGGGGGAGGGAAUUUUAUCAGUUCCCAAUGCUCAUUAUUCCUCUAUUAGAGACCUUUGUUAUGACCCAAUUAGAAGAAUUCUCUAUUCAAUUUCAUGGGACCAAACACUUAAAUGCAAUAAAUUUGACGAGUUAAUGCUAAAUUUUGUGGAAAGAAAAAAUUUUCCAAUUUCUAUUUGGGAUCCAAGUUGUAUUUCAAUUUCUAAGGAUAAUAACAAAAUAUUAAUUUCAGGAGGUUCAGGAUCCUCACAAUUGUUUAGUCUUAAGUAA